AUGGAUUUUCUCAGAGGUCAGGGAUAUGAUGGAGGCUCAAACAUGUCAGGAAAAAAUAAUGGCGUUCAAGCGCUUAUACUACAAGAACAGCCAUUAGCUUUUUAUGCUCAUUGUUUUAGUCACUCGUUUAAUCUUUGUCUUUCUAAAGCAUGCGAAGUUGCUUCAAUUAAAAAUAUGACCUGUAUAGUUGGUGCCGUAUCUUCAUUUUUUUCUUGCUCAGCUAAGCGUACAGAUAAAUUGAAAUAUUUUAUGGAUACUGGGUUAUCUAAUGAAAGUAGUACAACUAAUAAGAAAACUAAAUUAAAAAAACUAUGCGAAACUCGCAGGGUUGAUCGGCAUGAUUGUCUUAUAUCAUUUAAAGAACUCUAUAUUUACACUGUUGCUACUCUUGAAGAUCUUGAAUUUUAUGAUUCAAAUCCAGAGACGUCAAGUAAAGCAUCAUUAUAUGUCAGUGCAAUAACAAAAAGUGACUUUCUUGUUUCCCUUGAAGUGGCUGUAACUUGCUUUUCUUAUACAUUACAACUAAGUCAAGUCUUACAGAGCAAACAACACGAUUUUUCUAAAGCAUUGGCAAAUGUUACAGCAUUAAGACAAGCUUUAGAAACCAAACGUAAAAAUGCAGAUCAUUCUUUCAAAGAUAUAAUGAAUAGUGUCACUAAAUUAGCUUUAAAAGUUAGUGCAGAAAUAACCAUGCCUAGAACAUGCGGGAGACGAACUAAAAGAGUUAAUGUUAAUGCUAAGGACCCUGAAGAUUAUUAUAAAAUAUCAAUUUUUAUACCAUUUCUUGAUAACUUAAUAAAUCAGUUACAUGUUAGAUUUGAUAAAAGACUUCAACAAAUUAUGCCAUUAGAAGGAUUAAUACCAACUAAUUUUAGACAAUAUGACGAUGCAUCUAUUUUAGUGGCUGCAUCUGUUUAUGAAAAUGAUUUUCCAGUUAGCAUGAUGUCGUGUUUAAAAGCAGAAAUAUUUAUUUGGAAUAAACAGUGGGAAUCAGAAACAAAUCUUCCAGAGUCUGCUGUUGAAGCACUUCAACGUUGUACAGAGCUCUUGCCAAACGUAAAAAAAUUCUACAAUUAUUUGCUACAUUGA